AUGUCUCGCCGAGGCAAAGGUACCAACCAUGUGUGGACUGCUGAAGAGGAUGCGAAACUCAUUGAAUGUAUGCUUGAGUUAAAGCGAGGUGAGAGAUUUAAUGGUGAAAAUAGAAAUGGGCUGAGAAAGGGAUAUCAGAAAGAACUAGAGAGGAUGUUACAAGAGAAACUACCUGAACAUGGUUUGAAAGAGAAGCUACAUAUUGAAUCUCGUUGCAAGACAAUGAAGAAACAAUAUUAUAUGAUUUAUGAAGUCCGAAAUAAUGGGCAACUAAGUGGUUUUGGUUGGGAUGACCAAAAAACAUGUGUGACAGCAAGUGCAGAUGCUAAUCCUGAAUGCACAUUCAUGAGAAAUAAGUCUUUUGUUUAUUAUGAUGAAUUGGCAAUUAUAUGGGGCCAGGAUAGAGCUAAUGGGAAUAAUGCAGAAACUCCUGCAGAUAUGGUUAAAGAAAUAGUUAGAGAGGAAAAUGUUGAUCAAAAGAUGAACCAUUUGACUAAUGCCCUCACAACUCAAAUGCAAAAAUCUGAUGAGCAAAUACUUAAAGUGGCAGAAAAUUUUGCCGGAGGAGGUAAUCAGAAUGUGGACAAUCGUCACAAACUAAAUGAAGAGCUGCAAAAAGUGGAUGUGCUGACAACAGUAGAGAAACAACGAGCUGCUAUGAAACUUGUUCAUAAUCCAAAUUUGUUGGACUACUUUGUUACUCUUGGCGUUGAUGAGAAAGAGAUUUUUCUGGUUGAACUUCUGGUUUAA